AUGCAAGGCUCCCCGUUCACGACAGCGGCGCCACUGCUUUCGCUCGUCUCCUUACUCCUAGAGAAGCUUAACAGUUUGAAAUACAAGGAAGUGAUGCCAUGCGGGUUACAGUCCGCGCUAGAGGAGCUCGAGGAGAAGAUCAAGGAGAUCAGACACUUCGUCCCCGAUGCAGAGACCCAGGCCUUCGGCAGCGAGUACGCCCGCCUCUGGCUGAAAGCGCUGAAAGAGGCGGUGUACGACGCAGAUGACGUCCUCGACGACUAUGCAAUCGCCGGAGGAAUGGUAUCAGUACAGCCGGAAACGCUCUCCUCGACCAGCAUGGUACGUCCUCGUUUCUCCUCUCCAUUGUCUCGCACGAGUCAGAUUGAAUUUGAACACGAAAUGGGGAUGAGAAUAAAGAGUAUAAACUCUAGACUACAGAAGAUCUCAAAAGAGAAGGCUGAGCUACACUUGACGCCUACCGAUGAUCACUUCUCAACGACAGGCAGCAGCUUUCAGACAUCAUCUCUAGUCAAUCUAGAAAUUGCUAAUUCAGUAGUCGAAUUACAAUGCAAAAAAUUACUGUGACUACUUGUGGGGAAUGAGAAAGAUAGCAAGCUGAUAGCGAUCACGGGGAUAGGGGGAAUCGGAAAGACUACACUGGCUAAAGUGACAUUCAACGAUCAAUUCAUCGCAGCCAAUUUUCACAUGAAGAUUUGGGUCUGCGUUUCCAAGUACUUCAACCAAAUUAAGAUAUUAAAAGAGGUCAUAGAGCACGCCGGUGGGGACCCCCGGGAUGGUGACUGCAAGGAACAGCUGGCCCAGAUCCUAAGCAGCCUCAUCAAAGACAAGAAAUUUUUUCUUGUUCUAGAUGACGUCUGGACGACAGAGGUCUGGGACGAGCUACUCCGAGGAGCCUUGCAGGGCGCCGCUGUUGGCAGCAUGGUGUUGAUAAUGACUCGUCUCGAGUCUGUGGCGAGGCAGGUGGGGGCGUCGCACCUUCAUCCUUCCAUGAGAAUGACUGGUUUUGAAGGGUUCUACCUUUUGUGCAAGAUGGUGUUCAGAGAUGGGGAGGAGCAACAGUGGGGAGCCAUGCAAGAUGUUGGCGUUAAAAUUGCCAAGAGAUGCAAGGGCAUUCCCUUAGCUAUAAAGAUGAUCGGAGGGGUUCUGAGAUGCAAGGGUAAGAACGUACGGGAGUGGGAGGAGAUACUCGAAGAUCAAGUAUGGUCUACAUCCAUCUUCCCAGAGGACGAGGAAAAUGUUCUGAAGGCUCUGUAUUUGUCUUACAGGGAUCUGCCCUCAAGCAUCAAGCAGUGUUUUCUAUACCUCUCACUGUUUCCCGAGGACUACGCGUUUGCGCGUCCCAGUGUCGUGCAGUACUGGGCCGCUGAGGGUUUCCUGAAACCAGAGGGCACUUUGACCAUGGAACAAAUAGGAGACAAGUUUUUCGACGAGCUGACCGGCAGAGGUCUUCUCCAACCAGAGCUCUCAGCGAUAGAGGGGGCUCUGUGCAAGAUGCACGACAUUGUGCGUUCUCUUUGUCAGUAUCUGGCUGAAGGUGAAUGCCUCUUCGGCGGCAUGCCGAGACUGAAAGGCAGGUCCGGAAAGCUCCGCCGGUUGUCAAUGGUAGAUUGUGACUUUCCCAUAGACCUUCAUCUCUUGAAAAGAGAACAACGCCUGAGGAAACUCCUUAUCUGUAGGAACCCAUAUGGAGGGAUGGUUCUAAGACAGGAUGUUAUUGAAGCUCUUGGGUAUCUGAGAGUCUUAGAUAUCAGUGAGGAACAGCCACAUUUCAUCACAAAACUUCGACACCUGAGGUAUCUCAACGUCUCUGGGACUCCCAUUGGAGCGUUGCCAGAUUCGAUAGGCGAUAUGAAAAGCCUGGAGUUCCUGUUACUGAUGAACUGCGAGAACGUCACGUCUCUUCCAGAUGGCAUAACGCAGUUGAGAAAUCUAAGGUGCCUUAGGAUGAAUGAGAGAACUAACAUCGACCAGAUGCCAAGGGAAUCGGCGGACUGCAUCAGCGAGUUCUUUAUGGGUUUGUUGUGGACAAGCGGGAGGGAACUCUGCGAGAAUUGGGGCCUCUAUUAA